AUUUUGUAGGCCAGCAUGAAUUGAAAAUUUUUGUGCGACGCGCAUCAUAACCCUAACCCAAUCACAACAGCCAAAAAUGGGCCCACGAACGAUGCAGGAUUUUCCUUGCCUGUUCAGUUCCAUUAGUUCGCUGCAGAUGGGGUCUCCUUCCGCGCGUAAGAGCUCUACUGCACGUAGCUCAGUAACUAGUUCUACGACUAAGUCAGCAACAGGACGCCAAACAAUACUCCCAUUCGUGCCUGUAUCUAAAUCGCAAGCUGUCGCCUUACCGCUCAGCCCUGCACGAAAAAACACUAAUGCCAACCCAUUACUGGAUACCAAAGCCUUGAAUUACAGUCCAGUGAAUCCGAAUUCAUCGCUCAAACAGACCAGUCUUCUUAGCCGCCUUAAGUCCGUCAAAGCUCAUUCCAGUAGUUCAGUACCAAAGGUCGCCACAAAAGAAAAUAAGCCUACCAGCAGUUCGCAACCUUCAGCUGACCUGACUUCAUCAACUGGUCCACGACGAACACUUAAACGAUCUAAUUCGGCCUUUUCAUCGUUGGAUAUCGUCGGUAAAGAUUGGCUUCAAAACGCUCCCACCAAGCGAAGCUGCAAAGUUAUUAACAAGACACAUUAUGAUCGCUUUAUUCCCAAUCGAGACGGAAUGAAUCUAGCUUCAUCACAGUUCAAUUUGAGUAACGAUUCCAAGUCUCCCUAUUUGGAUCGGGCCUCUCAAGAAUACAAGGAACGAGUUGCUCAAGCGUGCGGCAUUGUACCUGGUCAACGUAUUCUCGCCUUUAAAGCAAAGCCUCCGACGAGCGAUAAAGAAGACCUGCGAAAGUACUUCAACCCCAUGAUGAAGACCAGCACUUCCUCUAGUUCUCAGCGACGCAUCCUUACUGCUCCGGAGAAAAUUUUGGACGCCCCCGGCAUGCUGGACGACUUCUACCUCAAUCUUUUAGAUUGGUCGUCUUUGAAUGUUAUUGCCAUAGCUUUGCAUAAGUCAAUUUAUUUAUGGAAUGCAGAUACUGGAGAUAUUAAGCCGUUGAAUUACGAAUCAAACACCAACACAAUCGCAUCGUUAUCUUGGUCCAGCGAUGGAUCGUAUCUAGCGGUUGGAACUUCAGAUGGAGAUACCCAAGUCUGGGAUGUUGAAACAAAUACCAAGCUUCGAUCUAUGACUGGUCACGAAAGUCGUGUUGGUGUCUUAUCUUGGGACAAGCACAUUGUGAGUUCCGGCGCCCGUGAUGGCAGCAUUUGGCACCAUGAUGUCCGUGUUGCUCAGCAUAAAAUCGCCGAAUUACAUGGACAUACUGACGAAGUGUGUGGCCUUGAAUGGCGAUCGGAUGGUAUGCUACUUGCUAGUGGCGGUAACGACAAUCUUGUCAAUAUUUGGGAUGCUCGAAACACCAAACCAAAGUUCACCAAAGCAAGUCAUAAUGCUGCGGUUAAGGCAAUGGCAUGGUGUCCUUGGAACUUGAAUUUGCUAGCCACAGGAGGUGGUACUAGUGACAAACACGUUCAUUUCUGGAACACAACCACGACAGCACGCUUACACAGUAUAUACACGGGAUCACAAGUUUCAUCCAUCGUCUGGUCUACUCAGUACAAGGAACUCGUUACCUCCCAUGGUCUUCCUAACAACCACCUCUCAGUGUGGGAGUACCCAACUUUGAAAAAAGUGAUUGACGUUCCCGCACAUGAUUCUCGUAUCCUCCAUACAGCCAUCAGCCCUGAUGGUCAAGUUAUUGCCAGUGCCGCUGCCGACGAGAACCUCAAGUUUUGGCGAGUGUUUGAGAACAUCGACAAAGGCAAAAUCUCCAAGAAGGAAGAGGUUAGCAAGCUGGUGUCCGGCGGAAAGAAGCAAGGCCAAGCAAGACGUAGCAUGAGCAUUCGAUAAAUACCUCUUUGAACGAUGACCGAAGCUAGAUCUGCUCUGCUGGUAAUCAUCUAUAUUCCCCUCCAACCUACACAUCUCUCUUAUUCCCCCCACCCCUCAUAUGUUUUAUACAUACAACUUUACCAUUGUCUGUCU